CCGCAGUUUGCCCUUCUUCCUGCAACGCCAGAAAUUCAACGGUACAGACUGAUCACCUUUCAGAGCGAGAGAGAGAGCGCGCCAUGAACAGAAGGAACUUGCUUCUGCUCAAGAUCCUUCUGUUUCUAUUUGCCCUAAACUCCCUCUCUCUCCUCCUCUACUUCACUUCCAACUCCAGAACGCUUACUCCAACACAAACCCUAACCCACCACUUUUUCUCCCUCAGCCGCCUCCCCUUAACCGAUCAGAACCGCCUCCUCCCGCACCGCUACUUGAAGCCAUGGCCGAUUUUACCCUCCUACCUCCCCUGGUCCCAGACAACCCAGGUCCCCUUUCGCUCCUGCGAGGCCUAUUUCGGCAAUGGCUUCACUACCGUGGUCGAUCUCUUGAAACCCAAGAAAGAUUUGAGCUCGAAUCGCAUGGGUUGGUUCAGGUGCUGGUUCAGUGAUACCUUGAGGAGCUCAGUGUGCGAAGGAGGGGGGCUCCGGAUGUACCCAGAAAAGAUUAAGAUGUCUAGGGGAGGUGAGGUUUUGGAGGAGGUGAUUGGAAGAGGAGAAAAAGAGGAGCUGCCGGAGUAUGAAGACGGUGCGUUUGAGAUUGAUGGAGGAGAUGGGGUUGAUGGAGGAGGGGGUCAGAAGCUUGUGACCCAAGAACUUCUUGACCGGUAUGUGCCUAAGGGUCAGAUUGAUCAGCACACUAUGAGAGAACUGAUUGGAUCGAUUCGGAUCGUGCCCAGUGCAGAGUUUCAAUGCAAUGAGUGGAUUGAGGAGCCAACACUUCUGGUGACACGCUUUGAGUAUGCAAAUCUUUUCCACACAUUCACAGAUUGGUAUAGCGCUUAUGUAGCUUCAAGAGUCAUUGGCUUACCAAAUCGACCUCAUUUGGUCUUUGUAGAUGGCCACUGUAUGACAUCUUUGGAAGAAACGUGGAAAGCAUUAUUUUCUAGCCUUCGAUAUGCUAAAAACUUUAGUGGUCCUGUAUGUUUUCGUCAUGCUAUUCUCUCUCCUUUGGGAUAUGAAACUCCACUUUUUAAGGGGUUGAGUGAAACUAUAAAUUGUCAUGGUGCAUUGGCACCUGAUCUAUGGCAACACCCUGAUGACCAGAAAACAGCGCGAAUGUCAGAGUUUGGAGAAAUGAUUAAAGCCUCUUUUGGAUUUCCAGUACAUAGACAUCGUUUUGAGAAGCCAACUUCAGGUCAUAACGUUCUUUUUGUUCGACGUGAAGAUUAUCUAGCCCAUCCACGCCACCGUGGUAAGGUUGAGUCAAGGCUAAGCAAUGAACAAGAAGUGUUUGAUGCCUUGCAGAACUGGGCAUCUAAUCACAAGGAAUGCAAAAUAAACCUUGUGAAUGGAUUGUUUGCACACAUGUCGAUGAAAGAGCAAGUCCGGGCCAUUCAAGAUGCUUCUGUUAUUAUAGGUGCUCAUGGUGCAGGUCUUACACACAUGGUAUCCGCAAUGCCAAAGACCGUGAUUCUGGAGAUUAUUAGCAGUCAGUAUAGACGCCCACAUUUUGCAUUAAUUGCUCAGUGGAAAGGGUUGGAAUAUCAUGCCAUUAAUCUUGACGGCUCAUUUGCCAGUCCACCAGUUGUUAUUGACAGGCUUAACGGCAUAAUUAGAAGCCUUGGGUGCUAAAAAUUAUUUGGUUUUUGCUGAAACCUAUUCAUCUCAAUGCUGCUAGUGGAAGUGACAGAGAAUCCUUCUUCCUGGUAGAGUAGAUAGUUGUGAAACAUGGAAUGAAGCUACCGAAGCAACGGUAUGGGACAGUUCAAGUUGUUGGCCUUGCUUUGCAAAAUGAUAUGGCAUUGUGCAAGAUUGGUUGACAAUCAUCAGAGGGACAUAAACAUUUUCUGGACUGCGUUGUCUCUGCGUAUGGUAUGUUUCCUCGACACCCAAUACCAUCAUAUUUGUCAGUUUUUUUCUUCAGGUAAAUGGCCUGGCUGCUUGAGUCAUUGUGUUGCUUGUAUACUAAUUCUUUCUUACAUAUGCUUGUAUGCUUGUAUCGAGUUUUAGUCAGAAAUUUUGUUAUAAACUAAUAAAAUGGCUACAUUUUCGUUGUUA